AAAAAAUUAAUUUGAUUAAUAAACAAAUUUGCAUGUUGACUAGAAUAUAAAUCUAGAAGCUUCUUCAUAUCACUCUCACUGUCUCUCUUUCUCGUUGCCGUUGUCUUCGAUUUUGCGAUUCUCCACACAGAAUUAGAAGAAGAAAAUGGCAGUCACACUCUACAACCUUAAGUCUGAAUCUGGGUUGAAGAAACUUGAUGAGUACCUUCUCACACGCAGUUAUAUCAGUGGAUACCAAGCUUCAAAGGAUGAUAUCACUGUCUAUUCAGCUUUGUCAUCAGUUCCAUCAGAUGAAUUUGUGAAUGUGUCUAGAUGGUACAAGCACAUUGAUGCUUUGUUGAGAAUUUCUGGUGUUUCUGGUGAGGGAUCUGGUGUCACUGUGGAGUCAUCCUCUCUUGUUGCUGAAGAGGCUGUUGCUACUCCUCCAGCUGCUGACUCCAAGGCUACUGAAGCAGAGGAUGACGAUGACGAUGACGAUGUUGAUUUGUUUGGUGAAGAGACAGAGGAAGAGAAGAAGGCAGCUGAGGAUCGUGCAGCGGCCAUGAAGGCAUCUGGCAAAAAGAAAGAGAGUGGGAAAUCAUCUGUUCUGAUGGAUGUGAAGCCAUGGGAUGAUGAAACCGACAUGAAAAAGCUUGAAGAAGCAGUGAGAUCUGUAGAGAUGGAAGGGUUGUUCUGGGGUGCAUCAAAACUUGUUCCUGUUGGGUACGGUAUCAAGAAACUGCAAAUUAUGCUUUCUAUUGUGGAUGACCUGGUUUCUGUUGACACUCUUAUUGAGGAACGUCUUACUGUUGAGCCCAUCAAUGAAUAUGUCCAGAGUUGUGACAUUGUUGCCUUCAACAAAAUAUAAUCUGCUAUUCAUGGGACAUUGAGAUUAUGGCAAUGAUUAGGAAUGACAAUCAAGGGACACUAUUAUCCGAAGCUGAGUUUUGUUUUUGCAAACCUUAUUGUAGUUGUGGUCAUUUGACCUUGAGUUGUAUUUGUAAUUUCAUCACCAUUAUAUGGAUUGUCUAAUAAUGAUUUAAGCUUAAAGCAUUGAAAUUGUGGUCCUACAAAUUUUGAUUGUUGUUCAUGUCCCCCAAAUUUGAUGGCUAUUUUCUCUAA